GGGCUGGGCAGGACAGCCCCAUUGCAUGGAUGACAAAAGAAAGCCAGGAUUGGAUCUCGUACCCUUUGACUCACCCAUCCACUCAGUGUCAGCAGGAGCCGUGGCGCAGCCAUGAACUGGGGGAUCUUUGAGGGGCUGCUCAGCGGGGUCAACCAGUACUCCACGGCCUUCGGCCGCAUCUGGCUGUCCCUGGUCUUCAUCUUCCGGGUGCUGGUGUACGUGGUGGCGGCCGAGCGGGUGUGGAGCGACGACCACAAGGACUUCGACUGCAACACCCGCCAGCCCGGCUGCACCAACGUCUGCUUCGACCACUUCUUCCCCGUCUCCCAUGUCCGCCUGUGGGCCCUGCAGCUCAUCCUCGUCACCUGCCCGUCCCUGCUGGUUGUCAUGCACGUGGCCUAUCGGCAGGCCCGGGAAAAAAAGCACCGGGAGCUGGUGGGAGAGGGCGGGGCUCGGCUGUACCUGGCCCUGGGCAAGAAGCGAGGGGGGCUGUGGUGGACGUACCUCUUCAGCCUGAUCUUCAAGGCCGGUGUGGACUCGGUGUUCCUCUACAUCUUCCACCGCCUGUACCGGAAUUACACCCUGCCCCCCCUCGUCAAAUGUUCCCUCACCCCCUGCCCCAACAUCGUGGACUGCUUCAUCUCCAAGCCCUCGGAGAAGAACAUCUUCACCCUCUUCAUGGUCAUCACGGCCGCCGUCUGUAUCCUGCUCAACCUGGUAGAGGUAGCCUACUUGGUGGGCAAGCGAGGCCGGGAGUGCUGGGCGGUGGGGGGACGCAAGCACGGGGACCCCGGGAUCAUGCUGCACGAGCCGGACUGCCCCUCCUCCCUCAAAGAGCAAGAAUUCCUCCUCCAACCGCACGUCCGGCUCCUCCGGGAGUCCGACUGUGACCCCCCCGGGGCCACGCUCCCCGCCGACAUCCCGUGGGACCACGUGAAGAAGACUCUGGUGUGAAGGCCAGCCCACCCUCGGGCCCCCUGAGGAGAAAGAGCCAGAGAGGGGGAGAGAGGACAGAAGUCAACUGCUCCCCUCUGAGCUGGAGGAGGUGAAUCCAUCACCAGGAAAUUCACCCUUUGGACUCACCCUCCGGCCUGAGGUUUAAGGAGUCGUCGUGGGCCUGAGGAAAGGAGGGGGUCUAGGGACCAGAGAGGGCUUCUGGCAGUCUUGGGGACCGCUGGGGGAGAAAGAAGCAUGGAACGCCCCCCACAGCUGGAUGGUCGAUGAGCAGAGCAUCUGGUGCCUCCCUGAGGGGGAGAAAGCACAGUGUUCUGAGACUGAGGGAGUGAGGGAAGGAGAUGCAGGAGGCAGGGUGGGGGGUCUCUAAUUCCACUGCCUUAUGAUCAUUCUGACUAUAGUUCCUCCCGUGCCCUCCUUCCACUCUGCCUCCCCCCCCAAUCCCUACUAGAGCAGAGCCUCCCCCUGUCUGUGCUGGGCUGGAAAGGGACUAUGAGCCCCCUCCCCACUUCUCUCUAUCCCUGUCAAGAGUGUCCUGCCUGAGCUCUGCCCUCCAAAGCCCCCAGAUGGAAGGCCUUGUCCCAGGGGAGCUGGGGUCAAGCCUCCCCCCACCCCCCACCCCCCAGCCUGACCUGUGCCUCUCCAACACUCCGGAUUCCUCCUCUUCCUCUGAAGGCAUCCGGUGACCAUAAGGCCCAGCCGGGCCCGGGAGCAACAGCUGCCACGUUCAAGUCCAGCAGCAGGAUUCGGCAGCAUUGUGUCCUAGUGGAAAGAGUCAGAGGAGCCGGGAUUC